AACUACCAAGGUAAAGGGAAGAAAAAAGGGAGCCAAAAAAUUGAGUUUCCCUCUCUCAAAACCCAAAUCAAACGAAUCACAACAUUUUCCUCUCACAAAAUCUCAAUCUCCACCACCACACAAUGAAGUUCAAAGCGUUCAUGACAGAAACCGGCGUAAACCUACUUGAGAAACGUUUCAUCCCAUCCCUAGAAAAAACCGCAAAAACCUGCCAUCUCUACUUCACAAAAACCCACACACUCUUCCUCCACAACCUCCUCAACGGCGACGGAAUCCAAUCCAUCGCACAAUUCACCAACCAACUCCUCUUCGACGAUUUCAAAAUCUCUUCUCAAAACGACGACCGCAUCGCUUUCCUUAUUGAUCUCUCUCUUCUUCUUCGCGCUCUUCGUAGUUCUGUUGCGGUUUGUUCUGAUUAUUCUGCUGUUGUUCCUAAUCGUCUUCAGAUUAAGCUUGUUAAGAAAGUUAAUCAGAAUUGUACUGUUGCGAUGCCGUUUUUGACUUUUGAAACGCGUGGUUUUAAAUCUGCUGUUAUUCAAGAUAUUCCUAUUUCUAAACCUUUGUCUAGGGCUCAGGUUGUUGAACUUCAGAAUGCGCUUGAUAUGGCUCAGGAUAUUCCUCAAACGCUUAUUCAGGUGCCUGAUUUGAAUCAGUUGCUUAACUUAGUGGAUCGGAUGAAACAUGUGGGUGAUGCAGUGAAUGUGUCCAUAAGUAAGUACGGGGAUUUGACAGUGCAGGUUUCAACCACAUUGAUCAGCCUUGGAGCUGAGUUUCGAAAGCUGUUGGUGAUCGGCGAGCAAGCAAAUGCCCCUGCUGAGGAUCAAAAUCUCAGUGCUCAGACGCGGUCCUCAAGGUCAAUUUUGAGAGGAGAUGCUCAAUCGGUGCAGGUGAGUGUGAAGCACUUUGCAAAGAGUCUGCAGUGUCACUUGGCCAAACCAGAUUGUGCUUUCUAUGGGAUUGCUCCCCAGGGCAGUUGUUUGACAGUGAUAUUCCAAUUCUUCAUCCCCGGUACCCGUCAGACUGAUAAAUCAAUCAGCUAUCAUUGCAGGCUUCCUAUUCUUGACCCUGGUACUGGUUAAAAUUCAACACUCUAUCGACCGUGUAAAUUCUGUUUGUGAUGAGCUUAGCAGUUUAUUUGGGGAAAUGUCAAGUUAAUAAACUAACUACUUGGCAUGGUUUUAAAUAGAAAAUAUCAUAUUAGUUUGAUUUGUUUGCUGUACUUAAGGCCACAUUUAUGUUACAUCAGUAUAACUUGUAUGAGUAAGCGAAUGCUACGGUCACAAACUUGGACCACAUUAGAAUUGUUUUUUGGAGGUGAUCGCAGUUUUUAUCGAGUUCGAGUUUGUCAUUCACAUCUCAUGUCAUUUGUCGGCACCA